AUGUUCUCUCGCGAUUCCAGGCUAAGUGGUCUUCCGGAUAGCGUAUAUGGAGUCAAGGUCUCAGAUCAAGAACAGAAGCAAAUCACUUCGAUCCUUGAUUGUGGCGGCUCGGGAGAGGCUCUACAGCUAGCACAGAAGCAGAGCUUCCAGGUUGCGGGGCAGGGCUUCUUUGCUGUGAAAGCCGACUCACGGAGUUUAUACGGGAUCAAGAACGAAGAGGGCGUGUGCAUCGUGAGGACGAGGACUGCCUUGUUGGUUGCUCAUUUCGGACCUCCGAGCUACCUCGAGGAAGCUGCUCGAUGCAUUGAACAGCUUUGCGAUAACUUGAUUGAGAAGGAAUUAUGA